AUGAACCAUUUAAUGGGACAGUUACCUGAAGUAUUAACUAAUGAUUAUUGUCAAAAUAUUAUUAGAAGAAUGAAAGAAAGAGAAGGGAAAUUAGUAGGACUUCCUCAUAAUUUAAUUAUUGAUAUAUUAGUUAAAGGAACAGAAUAUCUUCGAUUAACUGAUAACUUGAUUAAAAUUGAACCUGAAAAGAAAGAUGAUGAUCAUUAUUUCAUUAUUGUAGGAGAUUUACAUGGUCAAUUUAAUGACUUAAUUAAAAUUUUUGAUAAAUUUGGCUAUCCAACAAAACAACACGUUUAUAUUUUACUUGGUGAUUAUGUAGAUAGAGGAGUUGAUGGUUUAGAAAUUUUAGUUACAAUGAGUAUUUUAAAAUUAACAGAACCAAAAUCAAUUUACUUUUUAAGAGGAAAUCAUGAAAGUUUAGCUAUGAAUUCAUUAUAUGGAUUUACUGAUGAAAUUAAAUCUAAGUUUCCACAAGAUUAUAUUUCAAUAUUAAAUGUUUGUAGUGAAUUUUAUAAAUCUCUUCCUUUAGCAGCAGUAGUUGCUAAUUCUGCAUUUUGUGCUCAUGGUGGAAUUUUUUCAAGAAAUGAAUUAACACAACCUGGAUUUAUUGAAGAAAUUAAUAGUAUUGAUCGUUUCAUUGAUGAAGACCCAAAUAAUCCUAUAUCAUUAUUUAAUCAAUUAUUAUGGUCAGAUCCUGAACUUGCUGAUGGUUUUAAGAAAAAUGAUUUUAGAGGUGUGGGGAUUGUUUGGGGAUCAAAACAAUCAAAUUUAUUUCUUCAACAAAACCAUUUAAAAUUUAUUAUUCGUGCUCAUGAAUCACCUGAAGCUCGUUGUAUUCGUGUUCGUUAUAGAUUAGGAGGAAUGCAAGACGGUUAUGUUCAAGACCAUUGUACUUGUGAAGGUGGUGCAUAUACUUUGUAUUCUGCACCUUGUGAUAAAGUAUGUAUUCAAGGAGUAAUACAACCAUGUCUAGGGGCUGUAGCAGUUUUGUUAUACCCAUACAACGAGUUAUGUUUCCAACAAUUUUCAUGA